AUGUCUCACCCUUCACCAAACUCAUCCUCGGCCAACGGCCCUCCCUCAUCCCCCUUUGGCGGCACCAAUCCUACCGUGUACUCGCCCGACGUCGAGCGAAAGACCCAUCACCGUCGUCAACUUACCGCCAUCCCCAUCGGCAAGCAGGCCUCCAAGACCUUCCUUCCCGAGCCGCCUGCCUACAUCGAGGGUGCCUUCGUCGAUGAGCUCGAUGAGUUCGUCAACACCUUCGUCUCUCGGUACCUCUACGUUGAGGGCGGUCAUGAUGCAGAGCACUUGAAGUUCCUUGUUCAGACCCAGAUGAAGCGUUACGACUGCUUCAAGCACUCGGCCAUCUUCCUCCAAGAGCCUCACGCCGCUAUCUUUAUUCGAUACGAUAGCCUUUCCGAUGCUGUCGAAGCCCGGGACCUCCUUAUCCAGGCCGGUUUCUCCACCCACUACGCCACCAUGGAUGACCUCGCCCGCUCCAUGGCCAAGGACAUCCGCGACAUUCAGCCGUUCGAAGGCCAGAUCUUCCUGUCCAUGUUCAUCGACGCCAACCCUGAGCACGCUGUCUGGGAGUUCACUGCCGACGACUUCGACGACGUCACCAAGCAGGUCGAGCACAUCGCCAAGGAGUUCGGUAGUGUUCGCAACAUCGUCCAUGUCGAUACCCUCCAUGAUGCUAUGCGUCUGAUCUUUCGCAUCGAGUUCGACUCGAUCGAUGCCGCCCAGCGCGCCAUCCAAUCUCUUCGCCGCACUCCUGUACAUGGCUUUGGUGCCGAUCGAUCGUACUACUGGUCUAUCAUCAACGUCGGUGACUGGUUCGACGAGCGCCCGCUGGCCCCUCACCGUUUCCAACAUCGCGGCGAUACUCGUCGUCCGUAUCCCCGUCAAUACCGCAACGAAGAGCCCCAGGAUGAGCACAACCGUGUCCACCGUGAGCGCAUUCUCGACGGCAGCGAUGUUCGAACCACCGUCAUGCUUCGCAACAUCCCGGCUUCGUGCGACUGGAUGACACUCAAGAACAUUCUUGACAAGAUCUGUUUCGGCACCUACGACUUCUUGUACUUGCGCAUCGACUUCAAGAAGUGUGCCAACGUUGGCUACGCCUUCAUCAACUUCACCGACGUCGGCGGCAUGCUCAUGCUCCUCGAGAUGGAGUUUCGCUUAUGGCCUGGUUUCAUCUCCGAGAAGAAGGUCGGUAUCUCGUAUGCGACGAUCCAGGGACGCGAGGCGCUAGUCCAGAAGUUCCGCAACUCUUCUGUUAUGCAGGAGACCCCAUACUGCCGCCCGCGCCUCUUCAUCACUCUUGAUGAGGCGGAUAUGAUGAGCUCGAUUCGCCACGCCGGUACUGAGCUGCCUCUGCCCCGCCCGGACAACAUCUCCAAGUUGCAGCGCUCUAUCGACAGCGCUCGGAGCACUGGUCUGUUUGCUCCUCGAGGAUACUCUUCCGGCACUGAAUACCGUCACCACUUCAGCACCUUUGACCGCGGCAGCCCUAGGGACAACAUCCAGACGGCCAUGCACCAUGCUCACCAGCACGCGGCUCCUCUUCAGUUCGCCGGUUUGACUGAGGCUCAGAAGCAGAAGAUCGAGGCCUGGUACCUGCAUGUCUUCGGCGGCGGCCACUGCGGUUCCAUCGGUUUCGACUCUAUCCCGUUGACCCACAUCAAGCUAUACUUCGACGAGCACCCCCAUUUUUCGCCGAUUCGUCUGACCAUGGCUCGUUCAUCCGGCAGCGGCAACGGCACUCUUCGUCGUCCUGCACGUGGAUCCGAUAGCGACAACUGGCGCGGAGGUUCUUCUGGCCCCUUCCACGGCACCCAGGGCAGCCGCAACCGCUGGAUGUAA